AUGAUUGCUCUGACUGGAGAUGGAAACAUCCGGAACGAGGUAGAACUGCGGGGGCGCGGCACGGUGCCAGCGUUCCUUCAGGAGUUGCACUCAACGCUGGCGCCCGCUGCCGCGCCCGGUCAAGACUGGCAGCAUACCCUCGUCCUUGUCCUCAAGGGCUUGGUCUUCAUCACCAUCAUUCUGGGUGCCCUCUUCGGGAACGCGCUGGUCAUCAUAUCGGUUCACCGGCACAGGAAGCUGCGGGUCCUCACCAAUUACUACGUCGUCAGUCUUGCUGUCGCUGACAUGUUAGUCGCUCUUUGCGCGAUGACCUUCAACGCCAGUGCCGAACUGACUAACGCCUGGCUCUUCGGUCCUUUAGUCUGUGAUAUAUUCAAUUCACUCGAUGUUUACUUCUCAAGCGCUUCUAUAUUACACCUCUGCUGUAUAUCCGUUGACAGGUAUUACGCUAUCGUCCGGCCCUUGGAGUACCCUGUUACUAUGACGCACAGGACUGUUUGUUUCAUGCUUGCCAACGUAUGGCUUUGGCCAGCUUUUAUUAGCUUUGUUCCGAUUUUCAUGGGCUGGUACACGACGGAACAGCAUCGGCAGUACCGAAAGCAACAUCCAGACGUUUGCAUGUUCAAGGCGAACAUGGUAUAUGCAAUUAUCUCCUCGAGCGUCUCUUUCUGGAUUCCUAGCCUGGUCAUGAUCUCAAUGUACUGCCGAAUUUUCAGAGAGGCAAUAAGGCAAAGGGAGGCCCUAACAAGGACUUCCUCAAAUAUUCUCCUAAAUUCUGUUCACCUAAGGCACACGUCGCACGCGGCCCAUCACUCUCACUAUCUUCAUCCCGAUAGGAGGCCCUCAGACAUCAGCCCCAAUUACAGCACUUUUACAGAAGUGGGCCCAGAAGAAACUGAAUUCGGCGGGGAAGUAGUAAUGGCGCUAGGAGACAUUUGCCCGAGCAAAGAAGCAAGUCCUAGAAAGUCAGUAAACGUCAGUUGUGAUACAGCCAGCUCAGGAUACUGUUCAGGAGGUUCGAAUAAAAGAUCGUCUAGUGGACAGCCUCCGAUUGGAUGGAGGCCAAGUUGCUCCUCAGCUGUUGCUACCAAAGAUUUGGCAAAAGCUGCCACUGAGCUUAAUUCCCAAGUUUUAAAAUCGACAGGAGCUACACUCAGAGCCACAGGAAAAUCUUGGCGGGCCGAGCAUAAGGCUGCCCGCACACUUGGCAUAAUUGUCGGCGCUUUUUUACUGUGCUGGCUACCGUUCUUUUUAUGGUACGUCACCACCAACGUGUGCGGCGAACCCUGCGAAACGCCUGACAUCGUUGUGGGCGUUCUGUUCUGGAUAGGUUAUUUCAAUUCGGCACUCAAUCCCCUGAUAUACGCGUAUUUCAACCGGGACUUCCGGGACGCCUUCAAGAACACACUCAUGUGCGCGCUGCCCUGCUGCUUCGGGUGUUGGAAGGAUACAGGGGGGACGCACUUUGUU